AUGAAGGGCCUCGACGAAGACUGGCCUACGGCCGUUCACCAGCGGGAAGUGCAAGGCAUGCGAAAUAGCGAUUUCAUAGCUCUGGUGCCGGUUCGGGCGACACAGUCGGCCUCAGUUCAACAACGACACGAACUCGAAGUACGGCGGCCUGCAAAACCGCCAGUAAACCUCUCCACUCUCCGACAUGAGUUAAAGCACCCGAAUAUAUCGGAGGAGGACAUGUUCAAGGAUGCUGUACAAGUGCGAAAACGACGAGUGGAGGAGUAUGACAAAGAACGAGAACGAAAUCGCCUUAAUGCGGCCCGACGGAUCAUCGAUGGCCAUAAAGAGCUGGUCGGAAUCUGUAUUCAGAUGUGCCCUCGAUGGGAUCGCCUACGCCGCGCCAACAAUAAAUCCGCUAUCAGCACAUACGAAGUAGACGAAAAUGGUUAUUUUGGUGAAACCCGAGCUGUCAAGUCCUGGCAUCGCCCUGCCGCCGGGGAUGCAGAGGACCUCCCUGAAGACCUCCGAACCGAAGAGACUUUGAUGAAGACGAUGGACUACCUUGUGCACGAUAUUGUCAACAAAUGGGCGUUCUCGAACUGUCAAAACUUUGUUUGGGAUAGGACAAGGUCGAUUCGCCAGGAUUGUUCGAUCCAGGGCUUGAACUCGGAUGCUGUGAUAGAAUGUUAUGAGAGGAUAGGACGCUUUCAUAUAUUUUCGUUGCAGCAACUGUCACAUAACGAGAAUUUCCAGCGAGGGCAGGAACUAGAGCAAUUGUCGAAAACAUUGAUUUCGUUAAACGAAUUAUACGAUGACCGGAGGCGAUUAAUCAAACAAGGGAAGAGGCAGUACAAUGCCGAGACUGACUUCGAAUCUGAAUUCCGGGCUUACACUCUUGUAUCAAAUCUUUACAACCCACUACAAAUCGCCAGAGCCCUUCAACUGCCACCUAGGUUACUCGAGACCCCAAUUUUUAGAAUCGCCCUUUUGCUGUUCAAAUAUGCCCAGAGGGCGAAUCACGAUGACAGAAAUUUGUUCGGAAAUACAUCAAAGUCAGGGACCACACUCAAUUGGUCCUCUCACUUCUUUGACCUGGUAUACGAUCCAUCGACACCAUAUCUCCUAGGCUGUCUAGCAGCCCUCGAAUUCAUGAAUGUCAAGAAAGGUGCUAUUAAGACCUUUGAAAGAGGUUUCCCACCUCAGAAGAAAGCUAGUCGUUUGACCCUUCUACAAAAUUUGGUGGACGCUUCGUCAGAGCAAGAUAUCAAAAGUGCGGUGGAGAGAUAUGGCUUAAAGACUUCUGAACAUGACGGGGCUGUCUUCAUGGUAUGUCCGCGGAAGAGCCAGCGAUCUACAUGGAUAGCACAACCCCCGCCGAUCACACCGCCAUUUCCCUUGACUGUUGAGAUCAAGAGAGGACAAGAUGCGAAUGGAGAAUUCGUUCCCGCUAAGUUUUUCAUCGAUGAACCAGGGUGCUAUCGCCGUGUGGUUAGCCAGCUGUGCGAGGAAGAAGUCGACAUUAAAUACAAUGACCCAGUGGCGCAAGAACCGGCAAGAGAUGGGCCGGCGCAUAUUGUGCAAUUUGCGUCUAGUUGGGAGUCGGUUGGAACCUUUGUGACUGACCCCCGGGAUGUGGUGGAUGAAGACUAUGCAGAGAGUGCCCUCUUUGACUUGAUAACCAAUACCAGGAAUGGCAGAGUUCCAGCGAACCGAGCCCAAGAUGUAGUCGCUUUAAUGGCGAAGAAGAAAAAGAAAUUCGGAAAGCAUACAUUUUCACAAGCCCCGGCUAGAACUGUGAAACAACCAGUACGACAACCGGCACAGCGCCAGCAAUCACCCUUCCAAGGAUUUACAAAAGCCGGGGUUACGAGUAAUAGCACAGCUCCAACCCCGCUACAUCAGCCCCCCAGCCAGUUCAAAGCUCCGGUGGCCCCGCCUGCCUUCCCAUCCCAAACAACGACACGGGAGUCGAGUCCUGCUGUUCAACCUCCUGUUGUAUCAGCAUUUGGUACUCGGCCCCCCGUAGUAUCUGCGUUUGGUGCUCCAGUUUCGGCAUUUGGCGGGCAGGCUCAACCCGUAUCUGCAUUUGGACCGAGACCAGCGGCCCUUCCUCCGCCUGCGUUUGGCACUGCAGUAUCAGAGAAACCUCCUGCAUUUGGUAAACCAGUUGGUACUUCAGCCCCCCUUCGAUUUGGCCAGAAGCUGCCUGAGAGCGCGGCGGCGCUAGCCCCGGCAUUUGGCCAGAAUCCAAAUACCGCAUCGUCAGGCACGCCACCUCCCCAGUCCGUGUUCCAAUCUGUUACAAACGCAUUCCACCCACCGGCGCCUCCGGUUUCCGCCUUUGCAUCACAGCAGCCAGCCCAACCAUUAGAUAAAAGUUCCGAAAAGCAGCCGGUGUCAGUAUUCAGCACUAAGCCUACGGCUCAUGUAGAUGCACCAGUCUUUGGCCUGAAGUCAGCAGAGAGUCCGUCAAAUAUUGAAGUAAAACCCACACCUGUAUCUUUGUUUAAUCAAAAACAAGCCGCUGUCCCUACAGGCCAACCUGGAUCACAAGGGCUAUUCGCGGACGCUAUCGCCAAAGGUUCGCCAUCAGCAUUUGCAGACACUUCCUCUCUCAACCCCGGGGCAUCGUCAUUUGUUCCAAGCCGGGCACCAGCCUUUAAACCUCCUGUAACUUCAGUGUUUGAUGCACCUAAGCCAACUCCAUCCCAAGAAUCUGGCCCGUCGAUAUUUGACUCGCAGCCGCCUAAAGAGCCUGUUGUAAGCUUCUUUCCGGCACCAGUACCAGAAGCAAAAACUGUUCCUCCAGUACAGCCAUCAGCGCCGUCUAUAUUUUCCACAACUCCGGCUAGAGAACCUCCCAAAUCGAUAUUCGACACAGCACCGCAGCAGCCCAUAUCCAGCUUCUUUCCUUCGAGUGCACCAGAAAUCGAAGCGUCAAAACUAGCUGUACCACAAUUCCCAGCUUUAACCAGCACACCUCAGGUUCCUCCGCCGCCGUCGUUCUUUCCACCCGCACUACCAACGACUACUCCGCAGGUUCCUCCCCCAGGAACAUCCAUUUUCGACCAAGCUCCACCUAAAAGCUCAAGUGUACUUGAGAACACCACUCAGACACCGUUUGUACCGAAACCUCUAGUGACUUCCGAACAAUCGACACCAAAGGAGCCGCUAACUUCAGAUCAGCCGCCAUCCCACACCUCCAAGCCCCUAAUACAGAUUAUCGAAGAUUUAGAUUCAACCGAGGAAGAAGUCCCACCGCCGAAAAGGGUGAGGCUGGCACCAUCAGGGCUUCCCAUCCCUGAGGAUGCCAAGGUACAAGACGAAAAUCUUCCAACUCCAACUGCAUUGACAUGGCGCGACGUAAUUAGGCCAAUCCCAGAUGAAUUCAUCCGAAAAUUUGAUGCGAAACGUGAUGCCGAACCUUGGUAUCCAGGAAUAGAUUCCCUGAGUAAAUUCCAAUAUACCGACAUCACGGAGCUCGCUAGUCUACGUCAGGAACUGAAGAACUCUGCGUGGCACCAGCUUCAAUUAUCGGAAUGUAAUCCUAAUGGGAUACCAGCACUUUUGGAGGCGAGCCCGCCGAAUACAUGGCAGCUGCAGAUUGUUUGUGCGGAUGAAAGGAAGAAAUCAUUGAAGUGGUUCAUGAAUAAAUUCGGGGGGUUAGUGAAGAGGGAUGGAGAGGAUACAUAUCAAGACGAGCAUGUGGCCAGUUCCCAUAUGAGAGGACAGGAUGGCAUGAUUGGGGGGGUUAUCUUCGGGUGCACGGCAACGAGUUCAAGCAGGGGAUGGAAGAAGAUACUGGCGCAUGACAAGGGUGUGCUACAUCGAACAGUUCAAAAUGCACUAAAGAAGCCUCCAGAAGGCAAGAUUCAGGUUCUGGUGCUUGCAUAUACAGGUGAAGGCGCAUCGAGGAAAGCGCAAAUAAAGAAUAUAAGAUCUGCUUUAGGCACGCUUGAACUCGAAAGAGGGGGUAAAGUCAAGAUAAAGGUUCUGGUAGUAGAAGAACUGGCAGAUUUAAAGAUGCUAGACAAGGUUGUGAAGGAGUUUGGCAUCGAGGCAAGAAAGGAACAAGAGGCGGCAGAGGCGGCAGAAGCGAGACAAGAAUUUGCGCUUUCUUCUAUUGUCAUCGACGAGCCGACUUCAUCUGUGCGCCGAAAACGAUCUUUAGACGCAUUGGACGAACUUCUAACGGCGCAACUACUAUUGAAGAGUGAAACCCCAAAUAAUGGGGACAAGAGUAGUUCUAAGAAUAAAAGUACUGUGAAGAGACGACGGUACACGGAUUUCAAAAAACCGCCAGCACAUAUCUACGGAUUGCCGACUGUCGAGGAUGAAUCUAAGAAAACGACGCUGCACGAAAAGAAGCUCAAGAAACGGAUAUCGAUAGAAGAAAUUACCGACUCGAAGAGAAGAAAGGUCAAGGCUGCGACUGACCAUGUCUCGAAGGCUCUUAAUUCUGUGUCAGCGAAGUUCGAUGCUUGGGCUCUGCCAGAUGGUGAUGAUGAUCUGUUGGCUGCAGAUUCUAUGUUGGAUAAGACUCCGCCUGGCCUUGGGGCUAUGCUGGAGGGUUUUUUCGGGCCGGUCGAAGAUUGGGAUGAUUUUAGUCUCGGAGGAAGGGACGACGUUGUAUUUUGA